AGUAGACCGAUGAAGUCUAGUGAUAUAUAAGACACAAAUUAAAUAAUUAAUUUUAGCGCACGCAAGCACGCACGCAGGCACGCUCAUGCACACGCAUACACACACUCACCCACGCAAGUACGCACGCAUGCACGCACACACUGUCAAACAUCAAAGUCAAACUUCUUACACUCCUCUUUUUAGGUCGGAUGUUAAUGAGAAUUCAUUUAACAAAAGUGGUAUAAUACUGAAAUGAACAAAUGAAAUAGAACAGCAAAAGAAUUGAUUAUAUAGAGAUAAAUACAGAAAACAUUUUUAAGCAAACCUAAAUGUGUUAAAAUGUUUCGGUGAGAACAUCACGCAUUUCUUACGUGUAUCGAACAAUUUGUUCUUGAUGUUAAUGUUUGCAACACAAUUUCACUACAUAUUAUUAUACAACAGUAUCGUUAACGCAUUAAUUAUUAUUUAUGUUGCCACAAUAGUGACGUGGCUGAUGGUUGGCAUAACGUUCAUUUUUAGGUUUUUAUUGUAAAGCAGUUCUUACAGACAUUCGUUUCUAAUAAACAACAUAAAUCUCUACCGUUGAUUGUAAAAUCAUAGCGAACUCGGAUUUUUCCAUUUAAUUAAAAAGAUCCAAUACGAUUUUUAUUGUUAUUGUUACAUGACGUUGUCUAAACAGUUCUCUAGAUGUUAAAGUGAAACCGAUGUUUUUUCUUGUUCAUGUAUUUCCUGAAACAGUUUACUGUCAUCAUUAAGUACUGUCACUGUAAUUUCAAUGAAUUUAUUGUUGAUUGUAUUUAUAAUCCAAAUCACUACUUUGCAAGUUCAUUCUCAACAACAGCAGUAUCCUGAGAUGAAGGAUCCUUUCUACCUCGGUCCAAAGCGUUCAAAACAUUACAACCCUAACUAUGGGUUCGAGCCGUACUGGAUGGGUGGCAGCUGGGUGUUUGACAGGUUAGACAAAACUACCGCCAAACCCACGAACAGCAUCUGCGGUAAUCAGUGUCCUGAAAUGUAUAUAUUGUUUGGGACGGUAUGCGCUAGAAAUGUACUAUAUGAAAGGAAACAAUUUAAAAACUACUGCGAUCUUCUUAACGAAGACUGCACGGGAAGGUCCAAAUGGAUGAUCAUGUACCGAGGCGAGUGUCGAGAUCUUGCAACUUAUCCCACCGGACAUAUAAGCAUAUUAACUCGAGUCUAUACGUAUGAGUCGAGGUUUUAUGCAAUUAAUUCGAUUAAAUACUAAUUUAUUAUACCACUAAGUCAUAUAUUUGAAGAGACAGAAGAUCGGGAAGAAUCAUUGCUGCAAGAUGCCUCACUAAUAAUAAAUAUUUAAUGUUUAACGUUAUUUAAAUUACAAAUACACAAUAUGCUUAGUCUAAGCUUUUCGUGGUCACUCAUACGAAGCUUUAACAGUUUUUGAUGAGAAAAGCCUAGGAUAUUUAGUACUAAGGUAUCUAUGUAAUAGAAUGAAGAAACUGGCAACACUUCGUAGAGUGAUGACACAAACUCAAUAACCAUAAGGAUAUAAUUCUGUUAAUGUAGCCAACUUAGUAAAAUAAAGUACGAAUCUUAUUUUCUAUAUACGAGUUUGUAUUAUAUUAUAUAUUUUUAAACAAU